AACAGAUUUAUCAAAUUCCAAUUGUCCGCUCUCCCUAUAUAAUUUGCGUGCGACGGCACAAUCUAGCCACCACCAUGGAUUGGAGUCCCAGCGGAAUAGCGACCACCCUUCUCUCCGGCAACCUAAUUGCCAUUCUCGUUACCUGCACCAUUGCCCUCUCGCUCCCUGUCGUCUUCCAUAUUCUUCUCUACCAAACCUCACCCGCAAAGGACUCAAGGGAUUUCUUGCUCCUGGGUCCUAGCGGGUCAGGCAAAACAGCCUUAUGCUCACUCUUGCAACAACGCUCGAUAUCAUCCUCUUCUCCGAAACCACCUCGAGAAACACAUACCUCCCAAGUUUCAUCCUUUGUCCACAUAACUCUCCCGCCAACUGUCCCUAUUGGCUCCAACAAAUAUCGCUCAGUCAAUGACCCGACUCUCGGAGAAGCUACAAAGAACCCGAUUACAUAUCGGCUCCGAGAUACCCCUGGCCAUGGCAAACUCCGUGCAUCCCAGGGCAUCGCUUCAUUGUUGUCCCUCUCAGAUCCUAAAAGGAAAGGCUCUGUUGGGAUCCGUGGAGUAAUCUUCAUGUUGGAUUCCGCUGCCCUAUCACAAAGCGAUAAAACGCUACGGGACACCGCUACCUACCUACACGAUGUGCUCAUUACGCUACAGAACCGAGUGUACAAGAACGGGAAGAGAAUAUCAUCAUCAUCUUCUAAAAAGACACCUAAGAUUCCCGUCCUGGUCGCUGCGAAUAAGCAAGAUUUAUUCACAGCCCUGCCGCCGGGUUCAAUAAAGGCGAAGAUGGAGUCCGAACUUGAGAAUAUCAGAGUCUCGAAACGGCGAGGGUUGUUGGAUGUGAGCAUGAAUGGCUUGUCUGCAGAAGAGGAGCCGGAUAUGCUAGGUGGGGACGAAGAGGAAGGGCCUUUUACUUUUCAGAUGCUAGAUGAGCAAAUGGGGAUUGAAGUUGACGUUAUGGGGGGUGCUGUGUUGAACGAUGAUGAAACGGAUCGUGGGGGUGGGAUGCGGCGUUGGGAAGAGUGGAUUGGGAUGUGCUUAUGAUGUGCUUGUUAUGCACGAGGUAUUGCGCAGAUCAUGAACUCGGUUCCCAUUUUUAUUUUCCAUUCGACAUACCCUCUAGCCGGGGUCUUUCCUAUUUUUUGUUGCUGAUCAUAUCGAUCAAUCUCCUCAUCUACCCCGCCAUCGUCAUGAAAAGAGAGUGCAUAUGUGUAUGCCCCGGCAAAAUGAAAUUUGGGUAUAUUUCGCGGCCGGAAAUGGAAAUAGCUCUUCAACUUAGGAUCAUGAUGAAGACGGCCCAGACCAUGCAAUUCCCAUCCAUGUCUAGGAACAAGGCAUACGUGAAGUCCUCAUCAUGAGUUACCUGCCAAUAUAAAAUCGCCCAACACAGUUGCUCCUUGCCUGUCCUCUCUGAGUUGGAUAGAAAAGAGGAUGCUCCUGAUAUCCGUCAACAAAUUCCCUCGGAAAUGCCAUUUCUUUGCCAACCAUCCCCCAACACCUCGGCAACCUUCCUGUCAGUCCAAUCCUACAAAACAGGAAAGAAAUGAAGUAGUCAGUCGGUUAGUCAUUAACAACAGCUCCUCCGAAACCCGCUCUACAAUGCCACAAUGUCGCCCACCGCUACCAGAGAAUAAAAAAAAGAAAGAAACAGAGAAAUCACGUCGAACCACUCACCCACAGUUGCCUCGCCAGUUCCAUAUCGCCUGCCAUACGACUGGUCUCAUCCCUCUUCGCAACCGGCACAAAAUACUGGCCCCUCACUCCACCACCUGCAGCAAUAUCUCCACUAGCUGCCAAAUAAAGCGCUGUCCCCACCGCAUCCUGAAUGGACUGCCCAGCCACGGAGAAAAACAUUUCAAAUGCCUUGCCCACUACGGUACCUAGAUAUCCUCUCCAGAUCUUCAUAUGAUCCGUGGCGAUUUUUCCGGGGAAGAAGCUCUUGACAUAGAUGUGUUUAGUCGUUUCGUCAUUGGCACCAUUGCCGUCCACCACGCUCCGAUUAUACCUGCCGCUCUCACCAUUCGUCGCAGCCGCUAAAACCUCACUAAGUCCCCCUUCCAUGAGUCUCCUGCUAACAUGGCACGUGAAGAGAAUAUUUGCCAGCUUAAAGCGGCCGUAGCGCCAGAUACCAUCAUAACAUGCGCUCUUGGUUGGAGAUCCUUCGGAUGGCGUGAGAAGGUUGAGGUCUAGUUCGCGGCAGAGGCUGUGGAGGGAUGAUGUGGUGAAAACGAUGCAGGUGGAGGUGGCAUCUGGGAAGCGGGUGACUGUGGAGUGAAGGAGGGGAAGGAGGAGGACGGUUAGGAUGUGGUGGCCGACGUGGUUUGUGGCGAAGAUGGACUCAAUUGAUUUGGGAGAAACUGGGGUCAUACGUGUGUGUGGAGGUGAUCCCGGGUAAUAGAGGAAAGUUUUUCAAAAAGGCGCCUUAUGUUUAUCAGAAGAAAGAGGGGUUAAGGGGCUGAGUUCUCAUACCAGCAUUGCAUACGAGAAUAUCCAACCUAUCAGCCCUCCCCCGAAUAUUCCACGCCGCCCUCCUUACCUAUACCAUAUCUCCCAAAUCGCAUUGGAUAAACUCAGUUCUCUGCAUCUCGCACCAGUCUCCAGCUGAAUAUGCGGGUUCCUCUUCCAGAUAUCGACGGUAGCGUCAUAUUUGUCUCGUCUGCGACUAAAGUAUAUAUAGCUUCGCGAUGCCAUAGAGGAGAAGCUGCAUGCUUAUCCCUAGAGAGAUGUUUUUUUUAAAUAUAUAUAUAUAUAUAUAUAUAUAUACAUCUCAGCAACGUCAAAGUGUUGGAUUAGGAUAUGGGAUGGAUGAAUAGUAGAUAAAUGAGUACAACAAUCGAACUGAAGAGAAAAUUUAGAAAUCGAACUUUCCUUGUCCAAUGCCUGAUUGACCUCCCUAUUGGGAUACGCGUAAAAUAAUAGCCGGCGACCACAAUCGUUAAUUGUCUAUUGCCUAUGGAUUAGAUGUUGUAUCAUAGAUAGUUGUGCAGAUAGAUACCCUAGCCACUGCGACCACACGAAACGGGGCUUACAGUGAUAAUCACAGCCUUCCCAUGAAGGUCUGGAACUUGAGAUAAUGAGAACCUCCGGGAUGUAAAUAUACCUGUCAUCUUCGACGUGUUCUUCUUCCAAUUAACGGUUUGUGCAGCAUCUUCGUUUGUAGAUAUAACUUACAGUGUAUGUAUGUACUUGAAGUUGCGUGGUUUAGUUAUACGGCGUAUGAGGCGGAUAUACUCAUUUAAGCUAAAUAAACAUAUUGGGAAAGCCACCCUUGCAUGAAGCAAGCUGACGGGUUGACAUUGAAAAUCAGGAGCUUGAAAAUAAGUAGAAAUUCCCAUGGAUAUUCGAUGUUGAAUUAUAUAGAAUCUAUCAUGCUACAUUAAUAGCCAGAGGUAAUUAAGUCAUCGUCA